AUGUCGGAGGUUACAUUCACCAAAUCAUUUCUGUCCGCUCUGGACUCCCGCCCCAUCAAGCUGCGAGCCGACCAUAUCUUUGAUCCAGAGCAGGUCGGGCUCCGUGUACCUUACACGCUCCCCCGCCUCCAACCCCCGCACCCAGAAAUGCCCAAGAAAGUUCAACAAACCCAAGCACCGGGCUCAUCCAAAUCAAUCACCGUGAAGGUGAAAUCAUCCCGGAACCCAGAGCUCGAAUUUCCCCUCCCAAACGUUCCUAUCAGCACGACCUCUGUUCAAGAUCUUCGGGACGCUGUGAAGCAACGCAUCACCGAUGCGGCGGGUAACCCCGUCGCACUGGAGAAAAUUAAGAUUUUAUAUCGUCGGAAGCCGGUUAGUGGGACUGGAAAGACGUUAGCUGAGAUUUUGGCGGAUGAGCCUGAGAUGCUGGUUGGUGGGAAGGAGAUCGAGUUUGGGGUUAUGGUGCUUGGGGGUGCUAAGGCGAUUGAUGUUGCGGAGGCGUUACCGGUUACGACUACAGAUGAGGAGGUGGUGAGGGAGAGCCAGACGUCUUCGCCUAAGGCGGCUGUUGGACCUAAUGGGCCGGAGGUGGUGAAGACUGAGGAAUUUUGGAAUGAUUUACAGGGUUUUCUGGAACAGAGGCUGAAGGAUGAGCAGGAGGCGAAGCGGUUACGGGUGCUUUUUAAGGAGGCGUGGAGCUCGAGUCUGUAA